CACUCCUCCAGCCUGCUGCUGAUGCUGCGACCUGGACGCCGCUUUGAAGUGUCUGCAGAGGGGGACAAAAGCCGACAAAAGCAUGGAAAUUUGAUUAGCACGCUCGCUCUGCUUCCCAAGUCUGAAGAGCUGCUUUUCUGGGGUUGGCGUAUAAAUAUCAGAGGGCGAGGAGGAGCGGCUGGGGAUUUGAAGCCAUGGAUGCACCGGGACAGUGCCUGGUGCUGCUGUGUGCGCUCCACCUGACAUUGGCGGCGGUGUUGAACAAACACACGGAGCACAGAAACCUGAUCGCCCAAAGAAUCUGCUGCAAGAGACAGACUCACUUAGUCUACAUUGGACGAGACAUCUCGGGGGGUCCCGUCAGCGUGGACGUGGGCAUGUGUCGGCCUCACUGCGGUGGCCCGCCACGCCCGCUGCACGAGGCGCAGCGAGCGCAGGAUUACGCGCAACACGUGUCCAUGCUGGAAUUCCUCAGGAGCAAAAAACUUAGGAGGCAUGAAUUCGCCGCCCUGGACGCCCCCGAGCCCCGAAACCUGCUUCCUUCGUGCGGGAUGAACCAUGUGUGUGAGCCCACGGGGAUGCGCGUGGACCGGCUGUUUCUGUUCGAGGGCCCCCGCGAGGUUGAGGUCAUCCAGGAGUGCCACUGCGAGAUCAAGCUGAGCCAGUGCAUGAGGGUCCCCUCGCUCAGGACCUUUUACGCCGAGACGCCCUACGAGAGUGUCAUCGACGUGGGAGGCUGCUCGCGGUCCAAAGGCUCUCCAGAGGGGUUCACCUGCGUGCCCACCAAGUUCGACUCAGCCUUGGUGGAAACCCCCAACAAAGUGGACGUCAUCCAGACGGUGUCGGCCUGCGAGCUGAAGGAGAGCUGCUACCGGGGGUCCUACGUGGAGUACUACUAUGAAAUCCUCCACCAUGGCGACGGGGUCAAGGAGGAAAGACUCAAGGAAGUGGACGUAGGCAGAUGUUUGGGAGGCUGCACCACAGGAAACCGAUGCCUUCUCAGGAGUCCUUUGGAUCCCGAUAUCUGCCACUUGUGGGCUGAAAAACAAUCCAACUCUUGCGUUCCCCAAGGAUACGAGAGCCACAGCUUCCUUAGCCAACACCGGAGGAUUCGCACAGUCCUCUCCAUCACCUCCUGCCAUUGUCAACACUGAUGACACAACCACACCUGGUUGCUACCGACGAUAACUUGACAACUUGACCCAUUAAAGUAUUAUUGUAUGAU